CUCACCAACACACACCUGUCGAGCCCUUGCCCGUCAAUGGCGGCAACAACAAAGCCCGGUCGCCUGGGGCAGGAGAGGCCGCAGCGCGCAGAAACGGGAGGCAGCGAGCAUGGCGACGCCGUGGGACAGCUCCUCGAGCCGCCUGUGGGGCGCCCUGGGGCAGGCCUCCAGCGUGGCACAGCUGGUCGGCGUGGACGCGCUCGGGCUGGUCUCCAUGGUGGUGCAGGCCGCCCUGGCGGCGCGGCGCCACCGGGACGCCUGCGUGCAGCUCGCACAGCACGUCGAGCUCGUCGGGGGCCUGCUCGGGGAGCUGGAGCUCGACGAGCUGAUGCGGCGGGAGGCCACCAGGCGGCCGCUGGAGCAGCUCGGAGCCGCGUUGCGGCGGUGCUAUGCGCUCGCUACGGCGUGCCAGGACUGCGGCUACCUCCGCCGUCUGCUCCUGGGCGGACGGAUGGCCGACGAGCUCUGCGCCGCGCAGCACGAGAUCGACAUGUUCAUCCGCCUCAUCCCGCUCAUCGCCCUCGUUGACAAUUCGACAAAUACUCGCCGUGCCAUGGUCGAGGAGGGGGUGCUCAGUGUAGUCACAGAUAGUUCAAAUCAUCACAUCAGAUUUCCAGCAAGAGAUUUGGAGUUCACCAAAAUACGCGUUCAAGGAGCUACAGAACUUCGCAAUGUUCAAGAACAGCCAUUUGUAGGCAAAGUGGACCUGCAAGAGCAGAAAAUCUCCAACGUUGAAGAACUUAUGGAGCUUUGUGCCCAUAUAGAAGCGACUUGCAUGGGAUUCUCAAAGUUCAACUUCUUUCAGAUCAUGGAUGGUACAGGAAAUUUCUCAGAAAAGGCAAUAAUUGGACGGGGUGGAUUUGCCACGGUUUACAAGUGUGAGUUGUCCGAUGGAGUUACGGUUGCCAUCAAGAGAGCUCAUGAGUACGCAACACUCGGCAGUGAAUUGCAGCUUGCAAAGCUUCAACAUACCAAUCUGAUUAGGUUACUUGGGUGGUGCAUUCAUGAGAAAGAAAGGAUUCUAGUCUAUGAGUUCAUGCACAAUGGUUCCUUGGACCGUCACAUAUACGACAGAACAAAAGGGCCAUUGCUAGACUGGUCUAAGCGACUCAAGAUAAUCAAAGGGUUAAUAGAGGGGCUUGUUUACAUGCACAAAGGCUCCAUGUUAUGGAUUGUCAAUAGGGACUUGAAACCAAAUAAUAUCCUCUUGGAUUAUAACAUGAACCCAAGGAUUGCUGAUUUUGGAUCAGCUAGAGCACUGAGUUCAGAUGUAGCAGAAGAACAUACAAACAUGGUUGUGGGCACUUGUGGUUACAAAGCUCCGGAGUAUGCAUCUCGAGGAGUUUACUCAGUGAAGACGGAUGUGUUCAGCUUUGGCGUCUUGGUUCUGGCAAUCAUAAGCGGACGGAAGAAUACCAUACUCGAGAAACAAGGGGAUACUGUUGGUGACCUUGUACGCUACGCCUGGCAUAUGUGGAAGGACCAAAGAUUGCAUGAGCUUGUUGAUCCGUCUCUAGGGAACGGAUAUGAAAUCGCCGAGAUAACACGUUGUGCUCAGAUGGCACUCCUUUGUGCCCAGGAAGAUCCAGCAGAUCGGCUCACCAUGACAGAUGUUGCCACCAUGCUGAACUUUGAAAGCAUGAGCUUAUCAAUGGAGCCUAAGCAGCCUACAGUGCUGAGUAAAGUAAGUGAUGGUGAAAGCACGGCAUCUACAUACAUGGGCCAAUCAAGCAGGACAAUAGACAUAACCAUCACGAGCUCAGCUCCCAUGUCGACUAGAGUUCGAAUCGUUCUGAACCCGGAGGUUUGAUAUGAAGAAAAUAAUUCAAUGGUGACAUCAUGUAUCCAUAUAUAGUUGAAAUGUGAAUAAGGGCCAUGGGCAUUCGUCGUCCAGGAUAGUGGACCAAUUCCAGAUAUUACUGUGAAGGGGCAACUUGUUUUUUCUUUGGUCAAGCCAUUUUUGUGAAAAUAUCAAGAUAAAAAAAACAAGGCCUGAUUUUUUCCAGGGAAAUAGUGGGUUUUAUUCCUCGGUAAUAGUGUUACAGUAUGCUAAUACAAAGUUAGGGACACUGUCUGGAACAUGGC